AGUUCAACACACAAAACAAAACUUACAAAAACAGAGAAUUAAAUUAGUGAAUUCAGAAGAGAUGGAGAAGAAGUUGAUGAUAAUAAUAAUGGUUUUUGCACUGGUCAUGAGCAAGAAAAUAGAGAAUGUUGAAGGAAUUACAUGUCCAGAAGCAGUAGCCACACUGAACCCAUGUCUCCCAUUUUUGACCGGGGCUAGCCCAUCUCCCACUGGGCCCUGCUGUUUGGCUGUGGACAGAGUGAACCAGGGUGCAACCACCAGGGAAAUUCGAAGGCAGCUGUGCGACUGUUUCAAACAGGCUAGCCGUUCCUUUGGUGUUAAGGCUGAUAAAGCUAAGCAAAUUCCUGACCUGUGCCAUGUUCAAGUUCCUGUGCCUAUUGACCCUAGUAUUGACUGCACCAAGAUUCAGUGAAAGUUAUUAAUUUAUAAGUAAAUUGGCAGUUGCAUAAACUGAAGGCGUACAUGGAGAAUGGCUGAUUUCUUUUUGUAACCUUCUUUUAUAUAUUAUAUAUUAAUAUUUAUUAUAUAUUUAUGGAUGUUUUUAUGUGUGAAAUGGUUAAAAUUAAUGAAAUCAUAUGUGCUUUAUAUUCAAA